AUGGGUACUUUCACGUACUACAGCAUACUGGGUACGUUCAUCUGCACGGGUAUUCUUCUUGUAUCCACGAUUGUGCUGGUGAUUGACAUUGUGGACGAGAUGAUGAAUUUCGCGCAGAGGUCGAAGAGGAUAUCAAUCAGUUUAAGGCCACCAAAAAUUGAUAAAACCACUUGCGGUCCAGGUCAAACAACUGAAAAACAAAUAUGGGGAAAGAUACCACUCAGAGCACAGGAGACCUACGCAGACGAUGCAUGGAUGAUAAUGGUGACUACAAACCAUGCACCGUCAGCCAAACACCAUAACGUCUUCUACGACUCUAUCAUUCGUGGAAAAAGAGGCGGAACUUAUGUCGCAGGAGGUGGCGAGUUCUAUGGAGGAGGUGGCGCUGAUGGCUGCCAAUGUGCUGCAAAAGCAGCAAUUCAGGCCCCUUCAGGAGCACCUUGUGACCUCCUGGAUAUGCGGGAAUACCUGGGAGAGGACGGUAGCCCUGGACUACCUGGACAACCGGGUAUCCCUGGUGAGGCCGCUCCUCAAGACCAUGAGGCAGGAUGCAUCCAAUGCCCAGCUGGGCCUCCUGGUCCACAAGGACCGGAUGGAGCGCCUGGUCCAGCGGGAGUUCCAGGACUUCCCGGAGAAGAUGGGCUGGAAAACUCAGGCGGUUUCGCCGGGCCUCCUGGGCCUCCAGGACUGCCUGGUCGCAGCGGGAACCCCGGCAUACCAGGACAAGAUGGAUCACCUGGAGCACCAGGGACUCGAACAAUUAACCAUCCAGGGCCAGAAGGCCCCCCGGGGCCACAGGGAGCUCCUGGUUUUGAUGGUCAGGAUGGCAUCAGUAAUGGAAAUGGUUCACCAGGACCAGCAGGACCACCUGGUCGACCUGGCAAUGCUGGAGUUCCAGGAAGGCCAGGAGCUCCUGGUCAACCCGGUUAUGGUGGAAGACCAGGAUCGGACGCCUCUUAUUGCCCAUGCCCAGCAAGGAAAGCUGCUCGAUUCUGGACAGAGGACGAUGAACCUGAAAGUGUUGCCAGAAGACGUCGCGUCAGAGUGCGGAAAAUCAAGAAAUCAAAGCGUAAUCUGCCUAACAAACCGCUACAGUGA